AUGUUAAAAGUUUAUAAAGAAACGAUUGAACUUGAAGAAUUAGUGGCAGAACUAGAAAGUUUUAAAGGACAAGAUAUAAAGAAAGAUAUUGACAUUGAUUAUAUUAAAACACAUGCUAUUUUAUUGGGUAGAAAUAGAGCACCAGAACAGGGUGCUGAAAAUAGUCAAUGGUAUCUUCCUCCCUAUCCAGAACCAUCAAUGGUAACAAAUUUAGAACGAGAAUUUUCAUCAAAUGGUAAAUAA